CCAGCGGAAGUUUGGCUAUCCGAGCCGGGUCACGUGCCUUGCGGCGUCGUAGCGCCUGCGCGGCAGGGCAGUAGAGUUUGCUGUGGGCUAGAGCGGCCCCGGCUGUUCUCGGGCUCCGGCCCCUAUCCGGCCCUAGACCCAGACCCGCACCCGCACUGUCCCUGAGCGGCAGGAGGAGUAGGAGAUGGCAACGGCAGCUGUCGCGGUGGAGGGCGAAGAUGGCGGCGGUGGCAGUCGGGAACGAGAGAGCCGGGGCUGCGAGCACUAUGACCGCGGCUGCCUUCUCAAGGCUCCUUGCUGUGAUAAAUUUUAUAUCUGCCGCUUAUGCCAUGAUAACAAUGAAGAUCAUCCUCUGGACCGCUUUAAAGUAAAAGAAGUACAGUGUACGAAGUGUGGAAAAAUUCAGAAUGCUCAACAGAUAUGUGAAGAAUGUAGCACUGUUUUUGGAGAAUAUUAUUGCAAUAUCUGCCACCUAUUCGACAAAGACAAGAAGCAGUAUCAUUGUGAGAAGUGUGGAAUUUGUAGGAUUGGUCCGAAGGAAGACUUUUUUCACUGUUUGAAAUGUAACCUAUGCCUAUCCUUGAGUCUCCAAGGGCAUCACAAGUGUAUUGAGAAUGUUUCCAGGCAGAAUUGUCCCAUAUGUUUGGAGGACAUUCAUACUUCCCGAGUAGUUGCUCAUGUCUUGCCAUGUGGGCAUCUUCUACACAGAACAUGUUAUGAAGAAAUGUUAAAAGAAGGCUACAGGUGUCCAUUAUGUAUGCACUCUGCUCUAGACAUGACUCGCUAUUGGCGGCAGUUGGAUAAUGAAGUAGCCCAAACUCCAAUGCCAACAGAAUAUCAGAAUAUGACUGUGGAAAUUCUUUGCAAUGAUUGCAGUGCCCGCUCUACAGUCCAGUUCCACAUAUUAGGAAUGAAAUGUAAGAGCUGUGAGUCAUAUAAUACUGCCCAGGAUGGAGGAUGUGGAAUUCCUUUAGAACAACAGUGACCAGCCUCUUUAGACUGCAUAGGACUGCAUCAGAAGAUUCACCGUUGUUUCUGAAAUAAGAGACAUUCCUUUAGUAUGCUGUUGCUAUGAUAUCACGAACAUUAGUGAAAAGUUUGUGGUCAUGUCACAACAUCAACUCCCAAUACAGGGCCCUAUUAAUCAGGCUCUUACUAGAAUUGUCAUCAUUUUUAUGGUUGUGCAAAAACUGUCUACCAUUGAGUAGGAAUUCCUUCAAUGUUAUUUAGAACUGCAAUAACAUCCUGCUUUGAAAUUGAUGUUCAUUAAAAUGUAUAAUUCCAUUGAACUUCUUAAGCGAAGCUAUGCAUCCAGAUCCUAUAGUUCUUAAUAGAACUGUGCUUAAUAUAAAAACUUUAUGUAUCUCAAGGGCUGUAUUAUAAAACUAAGGUUUAUCUUAUUGUCUAAACUUAAGAAUUUUAUAAAGCAGUUCCUUUUGAAUGCUAUAAAUGUAUAUUUUAAUGUUACAUCAAAUAAAAAAUUCUUGGCAUAGUCUGUUGUAGAAAGUUUUUCCAGGGUCAUUGUCUAGUUCAAAUUAAGUUUGGUUACAAAUAAAAGUUUUGGUUACAAUGGUAAAUAAA